AGCGUUCAAGAGGUUAUAUACGUGGUGCCGCAAAGUAAUUCAAGAUAACAAAGCACAGACUAACAUAGACUAAAGCUCGAAAUAAUUAUAGCGUAUUAAAAUGAUUGGUGUAUUAAAUUUGGCAAAUGCCGUUUUUAGGUCCUCUUUGCAUUCAGUUAGCAAUUCGCGCAAUAUCUCCAUAUAUAUACAUCCGUUACAAUUUCGAGCGACUGAAAUUCUUUUAGGAGAACCACUUAAAAAGAAGAGAAAACUCGAUCCUGCUAUCAUUAGAGCUAGAGAAGAAAGAAAGAAGAGAAAACUACAGAAAAGAAUCCGUCAGUUAGAAAAACAUACAAACCAUUUGAAACCAAUCUUUGAAAUCGAUACAUUACCUCAGCUAUUGCAAAAGGAGAAAAGAGCUUGUCAUUUGCCAGUAUCAUUAUCAGAAGAAGAAAUAGAAAGGAGAAAAUUAUUAGAGAAGGAAUGGUGCAGCUACAAACAAAUUCAAUGGUUGAAAGAUGUACGCGUUAUGAAAUCUAUCAUGGUAUCGCAAGAAAUAGCAUUGAAGGAAUUAAAAGCUGUCUCGAAGCAACUUUACAAGAAAGCAGUUGAAUUUGAUGAUUCGUUCGUACCAUAUAGCGUAACAGGACCGGUAUGUACUCCACCGAUAAAAGAUUUUGACAGUCCUGAUGGGGAAUAUAUAGAAACCACGGUUAAAUAUGUAGGGGAAUAGCUAUAUAAAAUAGUGGAAAUUAUUGGAUCGUAAUGAGAAAUAUUUCGAAUAAAGGAUCGUAGAACGCAAGGAAAGUAAGGCUGUUUCAAAAAACUGCGAUAUGAGAAUAUAAUUCUCGUUAAUUUUCGUUGUUUUUAUUAGUUUCGAUUUAUCAGUUGGCAAACGAAAUAAUACAUUUGACAGAAAAAUCAAUAUGUAAUUCAAAUAGAAUAUAAAUUUGCAAUCCUGUUAAUACAUUAGAUCGUUUAUUAUUUUAUGUACAAUUAUACGACGAGAAUAUUCGUUUUAUCAAUAUUUAUAAACGGACAUGAAUGUAAUAACUUUGCUUUUUAUCAAUAUUUAAUUUAUACGAAUAUCAAGCGACUUAGAGGAUUUGUCAAUAGUUUGUAAUAUAGAUAUCCAAUAUUAUCAAAAGUUAAUCCGUCGAGUGGAUGAGGUAUUUAAUCAGAGUGGAAUUGUCAUACGGAACAUGUCAAUUUUAUCGAUAUAAUCAUGACGGUAACAUUUAUGACGAUCACCUUUACUACUGAGUUGAUACCGAUCCAAAUGUUAAUUCUCUUUUGCACAUGGGACAGGUAUUGUUGGUCUUGAGACACCGACGUAAACAACUUGCAUGAAAAAGGUGGUAACAAGGUGUUAUUCUCGCACUGAUCAUGUCGCAAAGGCAAACAGGGCACACAUCGUCAAAUUGUUUAAUCUCUUUAGGCGUUGCUUUUCUAUAACGAUUUAAUAUUUCACGUUCAAGACUUAACGCAGGGGCGGAUAUUUGUAAUAGAUCCUUUAAUCUUAAAUAAACGUUGGAAUAAGUGGCGAUGAAUAAAAGUUUGUAGGAUGCUAGUGGCAAUAGUGUUAUAAUAAGAGACGCAGAAACGCUAAUAGUAAAUGAUUUCAAUAUCACUGGAGCGUAAAGCUCUUCAAGAUUUUCAAAAGUGUCGAAACGAAGAAACUUCAAGAUUGGCGGAAACAUCUCAACGAAGACUUUUUCCGUUGCCAAAUAAUAGAUCCACGUUAUCAUCGUGUAAUUCAUCGAUGGUCUACAAUAGCAAUACAUAUAUACAUAUAUUUAUACAUAUAUGUUUAUAUACACACGUGCGAUACACACACACGCACACAAUAUGUAUAAUUUCAUCGAAUUAAUAUAUUCUUAAUUUUUAA